AUGAAUCGUAAUUUUAUUUUUGUAUUCAUUUUAUUGGCUACGCUUUCCUUGACAAAUGCAUUUCCACGUCAACUUCAAAAGAGAACUACUUCCUUUACACAAUGCUCUCCACCUGAAGGGUCUACUACAUCACCACCCUUGCUCUCCGUAAUACUUAAUCCUGAUCCUGUCGUCAACGGAAAACCCGAUAAUUAUACUGUUUCCGGAACUUUAGAUGCAGAUAUCACAGAAACAACCCAACUUGUUGUUGCUUAUGGCGAUCCUGUAGCUAAACAAAUCGUAGGCGAUCCCUAUACAGGGCCGGUUUGUCAAGAUGCUGGAUGUCCAAUUAAAGCUAAAUCCCCAUUCUCUAUUAGCGCGGAUAUUCCGACACCAGACUUACCUAGCCCAUACAUGAUUGUAGUUGGUAUUGUAGAACCACCUCAAACAAUUCUAGGCUGCGCAAUUGCCACAGUUGGUGAUUUACCCCCUAAUGGUGCUUCACCUCCUUAUUCGUUAAAAUCCUUUUAUAACAAUUUUCCCAAAAGUGAUGAUACAAUCGAAAAGGACGAAAAUACUAGUUCAAGUGAAUAUGAAGGACUUAUUAGACAGUCGUUAAACAAUAGUAUAGAGAAAUAUAUUAAAUUAAGUCGCGAAGAAAUUCUGUUGGAAAUAAAGAAUAGAAAAAAUGGAAAAAAUAUUCAAGAGGAUAGGCGAGAUAUAAUGUCUUUAUUUCUUUUGAAGUAUUCGAAUAUUAAAAAUAAAGAUGAUGUUGACAGAAAUAUUGAGCAACGACAACAUUCCGAGGAAAAUGUUGAUGUAACCGAUGAUGUGAUUUGA